AUGAAUCCCGCUUUGAAGGCUCUUGGGUUGGGCAACUUCAAGUUGCCCUCGCGGAACUGGACAAUCUUCUGGACGGUGCUGGCCGGCUCGCUGGGUGGUGUGGGUUACGACAAGUACCAGCAGAGGCAGAUUAUCAGCAGGUACUGUGACGAGGUGAAGCCUUUGUCGUUGCAGCAUUGCGACGUGAACAAGUCGCCAAGAAAGAUCACCGUGUUCAUCGCACCACCACCGAACGAUUACCUCGAGACAUCGCUGAAGAUCUGGAGAAGGUACAUCAAGCCGGUGUUGUACUAUGCGGGCUUGGAUUACGAAGUCAUAGAGGAGGAUAGACAAGGAAUUAUCAGGUCAGAAGUUGCGUCAAGGAUAAGGCAACUGCGAAGAGAGUUGCUGGAAGCUGAUAAUGAGCAACAAGGAAAUAGUGGGGACUCCUUGUUGUCGAUCUUCAAGAAACCACACGCAAAGGACCCUGAAGAAGAACAAAAAUUUGACCCAGAGCAAGCGAGACAGUUUAAGGCAGAUUUCGAUUUCCGUAAUGUCAUGGGCAUUUAUACUAAAGUUCCGAAACUGGACACUAUUGUGCAGACUGAUUCUUUAGUAGCUGAUCCAGUCCUGGCAGGUGGCGUUGUCUGUGUCGGAAGAGGUGCAUACAAGGAGUAUAUCACUGGCUUACAUGAAGGUUUAUUGGGUCCUCUGGAUCCACCUGAGGAGACAACACAGGAGGUCGAAAUGGGCUCUAAAUUGAAGUCCAUGAAUGACGGAGAUAAUGUAGAAACUACCGUAGAAACUGCCGUGGAAACAAUGGUCGAAACAACACUGGAAAGCGCUGAUAAAGUGGAAGUAGAAGGAAAAGAUACAGAAAAUGAGGAAGGAAAAGAUGAACCUGAUGAAGAAAAAUCAAGAGUGCUGAAACCGUAUUUACUGAGAACAGCGUUCCAUGACACGCCAAUACCGCCAGAGGUCGAGCCAGUGCUUGAAAAAGAUGCUUUACUGAAAGAUCCGAAGACUAACGUUCCAUCACUGCUGCACCAACCUGUGCUAGUUAUCCCAGUACCAAACUUGAUCGGUUUCCUCACAAUCCCAGAAAGAAUCUACAGAUUCUACCAAAGAAGAUUCUUUGUUGAUGAAGUAUGCCGUGAAGCCUCCAACUUGGUGAAGCAGGAACAUAUUGUCAAAUAUGAACCUGAUAAACAUAUAAACUUGGCACUAGAAGAAGAAUCGGACUGGCCUAAGCAAUGGGUGAAAACCGGAAUUGAGAAAAACAGUGAAUGGACUCAGGAAUUAGUACAGGAUCAAAGAGUGGUCUCGAAGAUGCAUGUCUUUGAACUACCAAAACAUACCACCAAAGAUACUAAAGAGUAG